AUGUGCAUGCAAUGCAGUCGACAUGAUUUGUGGUACUCGCCUCAUGAAAACGAAAAAGCCAUUGAGAAAUGUCAAAGAGGACAAAUACAACCCACACUUUGCCAUAAUAUUUCUUCAACGCACUGUAUUCGAAGUUUUUAUAGAAAAGGCUUUGAUUCAGGCGAAAUCAUUAUUGAGCGAAGAUGUGGUGUACUUCAGGAAAUUAGCGGUUGUACACUUUAUAAAUCACCGCGUAAGAAACGGCAUAUAAUUUGGAAUGAACCAGCAGCUAAACGUGAUACCUCACAAAAUUCCUUCGUCGAAGUAUGUGUUGAGGGUUGUGAAGGUGAAAGCUGUAUUAUGAAUUCCGUACCUGCAUCGUUAUCGUUAUUGUUUUAUUCUUGUCGUCUUAUAUCGAUAUUUUUGUUUUUCAUUUGUUUUCUAAAGAGUUUUUAG